UCUGUUAGAGAUAACGGACAACCACCCGUUGCACCCACAUCGUUCACUCAUUUUAUCAGUUAUCUUCCCCUCCAGGCUCCAUCACCGGCGCUGCUGCCUGCUGGGCAUGAGAAAUGGCGGCAACCAUCAUCUCUGUUGGUCUCCUCUGUCUGUUGCUUCUACUGCUUUCGUCCUCACGGCUUGCACUCUCUGGUUCAAGAAUUCAAUCUCUCCCUGGCUUUCAGGGCCCUCUUCCGUUCGAGUUAGAAACUGGCUAUGUGAGUGUGGAUGAGUCGGAGGAUGUGCAUCUCUUCUACUACUUUAUUAAGUCAGAGAGGGAUCCCAAGCACGACCCGCUUAUGCUUUGGCUCACCGGAGGUCCUGGUUGCUCUGCUUUAUCAGGACUUCUUUUUGAGAUCGGUCCACUACGCAUUGAGACGAUGAAAUACAAUGGGAGCUUGCCUAGUUUAGCAUUGAACCCCUACUCAUGGACCAAGGCAUCCAGCAUAAUAUUUCUAGAUUCACCUAUUGGAACAGGAUUCUCAUAUUCAAGUAGCUUUCAAGGUUCUCAAACAGGCGACAUAAAAUCAUGUCAACAAGCUUAUCAAUUUCUGAGGAAGUGGUUGAUGGAUCAUCCGGAGUUCCUUUCAAAUGCAGUUUAUAUCGGUGGGGAUUCAUAUUCUGGCAAGACUGCCCCGCUUGUCGUUAUAGAUAUAUUAAAUGGUAAUGAUGCAGGGGAAGAACCAUUCAUCAAUAUCAAAGGAUAUUUACUUGGUAAUCCUGUAACGGAUGUGAGUUAUGACAGCAACAAACAACUACCACAUGCUCAUGGACUGGGACUCGUAUCAGAUGAACUCUACCAGUCAGCCAAAAUAAACUGCCAAGGGGAGUAUGUCAAUAUAAAUCCCAGCAAUGUACAGUGUUUACAGGAUAUGCAGGCUUUCUCUGAGUGUCUUUCGGGAAUUAAUACUGCACACAUUUUGGAACCACUCUGUGGCUUUGCAUCCCCAAAGCCAAAAGAAAAAUUUGGGGAUAGAAGAUAUCUUGAGGACAACUCCAGAGAGAUCCUUGACCCACAACCUUCUUCUACAGAAUUCUGCAGGACUGAUGGCUAUCUAUUGUCAUAUUAUUGGGCUAACGAUGAUAAUGUCCGAAAAGCAUUGAACAUUCGAAAGGGAUCAAUUGGAGAAUGGCGGAGGUGCAACUAUGGGUUGUCUUAUACAGCUGAAAUCCAAAGCAGCUUCAGUUAUCAUGUAAAUCUAAGCCGGAAAGGAUACCGUUCUCUUAUUUACAGCGGUGAUCAUGACCUUAUAGUGCCAUUCUUGGCCACUCAAGCAUGGAUACAUUCUCUCAAUUACUCCAUUGUUGAUGGCUGGAGGUCUUGGGUUGUGGAUGGACAAGUUGGAGGAUAUACAAGGACAUAUUCCAAUAACAUGACAUUUGCGACUGUGAAGGGCGGAGGACACACAGCUCCAGAGUACCAGCCCAAGGCGUGUUUGGCCAUGUAUAAGCGCUGGAUAGAUGAGGAACCUCUAUAGUUAAUUACAUAUUCAGUUCCAGAGCUUGAACUUUCAAUCUAUCUUCCUUUUCCAAUAAAGGGAGAAGAGAGAGAGAGAGAGAGAGAGAGGGGUGGAUCUAUAUGGUCGAAUAAAACUAUAAAAAAUGCAUAAACAAUAUAGAAAGUGAAAAUAGGUGGUUGUGUGUACCAACUAUAAUCUGGUCUCUUAAACUUGGAAUGUUAGAUUGCAACAAUAACAUUCCUUACUUUAUUUUUA